AUGCUUCGAAACAUGUGGCCAAUAUCUAUUGUGAACCCUGACGAGAUCGUGCAGUACCGUACCUCCAGCUACCUCAAGAGGCAGACGGAAGCUGCCACGAUGCCGUCAUCAGCCGAACUGAUGCGGAGACUGGAUGAAUUCGCAAGGCAGAACCCCAAAAGCAGGACGAGCAAAGCUCUGAAAGCCAAAGAAAUAUCCUUGGAAGCCUUAGCCGAAGCCAUCAGUCAGACAUGCAGCUUUGCUGAACCCUCGUCACUGGAGAGUGGGAUGGAGGCCAGAUCAUAUGAGGCCAGAUCAUAUGAUGACCAGGGCACAAGUGUGCAGACGAUUACCAUGAAGACGCAAGACAGCAGGAGCCUGAUCUUCAAGGCUCCCUUGAAGCCUGACCUUGUGCAGGCAGCGGAGAUCCCAGCAGUGAUCACAUUUGUCCGCAAUGAGGCGGCUGAGAAACUCUGGAAAGGAGAAGGUACCUUCAAGGUGGCAGGCAGGAGGAUCCUAGCAGUGAACCCAGCAGCCAACCCACCGAUCUCGUUCAAGAUGCGGCCAAAGAAGGAGAACAUGGGCAGAGUUGGAAUCCUAGCUGAGGUGGCCCAACUCCUGAUGCUCAACGAUUCGAGCACAGGUGACAUAUGUGAGAUCUACAGGCAACUAUGCCUGAAGCAGGGAUUAGCGAUCAUUGAUCUGAUCCCAAACGCGGGAAUGACAGUGAACCUCCCCCCCAAGAGGAACCUACCGCCAAAGAAGGUGUUCGCUGCGGUAGGAAUAGAAACAGUCAACCAGAACAGAGAGGUCGACUGGAUCGCAACGUGCUCGAGCCUUGAAGCAGCGGACAUCGUUCUUCAAGCAUUUGAUCGACAUGGAAAGGAUCGUGCAGGAGUCACUUUGGGACUGGUCUCAGAGAAUGACAAAAUACUGAAAUGGUUCUCAGUGCAGAUGGAAGCAACGGCGCUGCACAAGAAUAUGAAGAAUGCGGUGCGACAAGAGGGCACGGCAAUGGCAACGGGAGCAGAGAUGCUGUACUCGGUACAAAUCUCCUCUCCUGUGCCGUCAGGGAAGUUCUCCCGAAAUGAGAUUGAAAAAAUCUGCGCAAGUGAUGAAACGGGCAGAGCAAAAGUCAUCCGAAACAUUCGGAGGGCUGUCGCUUGCUUUGAUCCACAGGUGGAAAAAGAUCUCCAACGGAUCCACCUCCAAUGCGAUCCAGAAACAGGGAUCUGGGAUGGGUCUGGUAUCAUUCUCCGGCUACGCAGUGAAAGUAGUGCAAGAAAGAUGAUGGCUGAAUUCCCCACACAGCUCCUCUGCUGGCAAGGCACAGUUGAAAUCCAAACGACAGCGAGCAGUCUGAACCUCCAAGUGUCGCCUCAGGCAACUCGCGAUCAGUCUAACCCUGAGGCCAGGUCACAAACGACGGGGACCAGAGCAGAAGGAACUGUGUGGAAAGAGAUCGAGCUCAGUUCCAUUAUCAAUGAAAUAAACCUCCCAGAUGCGGGAACGGACGUGGUCGUCGUAGAACUUAAGGAAGCAAUUGCUGACGUAACUAGGAGCGAGCUGCAACAGCAAGGGCAGCUUCAACUCCAUCUUGAUGACGCGGUGCAAGAGAUGGCUCCGGAGAGCCCAGGAAAUGCAUCCUUCCCCACGCUACAAGAGUGGGCUGAUAAGGGGGCCAACGCGGCAGAGAAUGCCGUGAGCAAGCGACUGCGUGAACGAGUCAGGGUGAUUGCAGGCAAACAUACGUGGAAGGUAGCGAAACGCAAGGCUCGGAAGAACAGCGCUUUCGCACCAAAUGAAGAGAAGCCAUUGAAAACUGAUCUCCUCUUCAUUGCUUUGACGGCGCUCUCCCUCGUAGGAAUGCUGGGAGAUAGAAACGAAUUGAAAUUUGUUUUGAGCAGUGAGCUACAGAUGAAAGACGCUCGAAUGGAAGAUGUACCCGAGGCUGGGAGCAUGGCGGCAGAAUCGGAAGAGAUGUCGCUUGACUCCUUCCCAGCAGCGCAAGCCUAA